UUUCCCAUGGUGCUUAGGGUAGUAAAGGGGUUUGGCUCGAUGGGCGCGCGCGCCAUGAAGAAAACCAUUUGAAAGUAAAAAUGGCGGAGAAACAUUUAGAAGCUGGAAAAGACGGUUACGAAAGUGUCGCCGAUGCUGAUACCCAAAAUGAGGUAAAACAGACAUCGAAAAGAUGCUCCUCCACAAGCCCCAUCACAGCUCCCCCACACAAAUCUCCGCGUACCGACUUCCCAUCACCCUCCACACAAACGCUAGAUGCAGAAGAAGGACACUCGGAGUCAGUCAAACAAGAAAGGCAGAUAGAAACUAUGGAGAGUCCUAAUGUCAGCCCCACCGGACGGAGGAAAUCCUGGAGGAGAGCCACCUUAACACGACGGUCUCUGCCUGCCCUUCCAAACCCAUAUCAGGUUUUGUGCAGGGGCAUCAGUACAUCCUUACCAAAUGAAGAGAGGCUGGAAAAAUUGAUGGAGACUUCAAUGAGGAUGGCGAUAGAAAGAACUCAAAAUUCACUGCAGUCAGUGCCGAAAGCGUCACUGGAGUCUUUUCAAAAACAAGUUGAGCACAUCAAAAAAGAAUGGCGUUUUCUGGUCAAAAGCAUACGAGAACCACGGGAUCAUGAACUCCCUGCUAGUGCAGCCAAUUCUUGUGAUCCUUCAAUGCAAAGAGCCAUGGAAAAAGCAAUCAACAGGCUCCAGGCUGAAAGUGAAUCCUGGGAGGCACUGUUGAACAAACACCGUAGUAAAGCAGAGGAGUUGGAAAGGAAAGUGGAGGAGGGCCAGGAGAGAGGCAUAUCAUUGGACACUUCAUCUGUUACCCAGUCUUCACAGUACCAUUUUAUACAGAGUAAACCCGACUACCAUGGUCUCCUCCGUAGGCAACAGCCCAUGCUUCACACUAUGGCAAUGAUUAUGGACACUCAGUGUAAGAUGGUUAGAGAGCUUCUGAACAUCAAGGAGCAGUCACAGCUAUUGGUGAAAGAGACCAGUGGACGAUUGGCGGCAGAAGCAGGAUUCCAGGAUCUUUCACCUGACCCUAUCAGGAACCUUCUGGCAGCCCCAUUAUCCUCUGCAACUACAUAGUCACAAGCAAUCAAUCAAAUUGUAGCACCAUGGUUGUUAAUGACUUAUAUAUGAAACUCAUACAUGUGUAGUUUCUGGUAAUUUUACGGUUUGUGAUUCAAAAACUUGGAAUUUAUUUUCUCUGUGGUUGUUGACUUGUUUUAUAACCCAUGGAAAGCUCUAAUUUAAUGUUUUCUGUGUCCAAUAAAUACAAUUCUGUCAGCAGCAGCACUGGUUAUAGUGCUAGUUCAGGUAAUAUAUAAUAUUGACCAGCAGGUGGCAGUAGCUGGCUAUACAAAAAGGUGACAAGCAUUAGGAAUGGCUAGAGUUGUUUUUUUCUGUAAAGGCCUUUAUGAAGUCAGGUUGUUCUAGCUUGUGAAACCUGAAACUUUUAAUACUAGCUGCCAGCUGUUCGAUAGGAACAGACAAAUGUUUCAGAAAACUUCUCUGGUGUCCUGCAAAACAGUGUAAUUGGUCAUUCAUCAUGAAAAAAAAAACACUCAGAAAGAAACUCCCCAUCUCUUGGAUCCAAUAAUCCUGUAAAGUGAUCUGUUAUCUUAAAAAAUCAAAUAGAAUAACUUCUGGAAACUAAUUCUGAUUCUGUUUUUUAAAAUAUUAAAAUAGAAUAUUUGAAAAGGAUUGAAUUCAUGGGGUGUAGCUUUAAGUGGUUUGAUUACUACUUAACAAAUAUCUGCAGAGGUGAUUAUGCAAAUAAUAACAUUAGUAUACAUGGUAACAUUUUCUGAAACUGGAGAAAAGAUUAUAAAGCUGUGGACAAGAAAUGAAUUUUAAUAAAGGAGAUUCUGUGUAGAGUGCUUACAGUCAUGUAUGUACAGAUCUUUGAAAUGCCCAUCCUCAGUCACAUUUACUUGGUUUUUGGUGCUGCAUCUAUUUCACUUCAUCAGUGUCCCCUGACCAUUCAGGAGGAGGCCCCUCCCCCACAGUGACUCACCCCCAUCUCUUGCAUUUGGCUGGGUCACUGAUGCAGAACGAAGCUUUGACAUUGUACCAGUCAGUCAAAGCUUUGUUAGCCAUCACUACUAUCUCUUGGACCCAACCAAGGUUGCACUCAUUUAUGUUCUUACUUAAUUCGUUUACCUGAUGAUUACAGGGAGAUGAUUUUUUUUUUUUUUAAAGCUUUUACCACUAAUAAAUGAGAGUGGAUGA